AUGAAUCACAAUGAAGGGAGGUGUAAUUUUGUAGCACACGGGGGGAAGGAAACUGCACCUGAUCAAUGGGGGGUGGAUGAAAGAAGGGGUAAGAUCCCCCAGGGAAAUCCACCUUUCAGGAAUGACAACCGGAAUGGGCUUCAGCGCUCCUACGAGGGGGGCGAACUGUUUAAUCUGAAGCGAGGAGUGCAAAGAGACAGCCCUAGAAAGGCCACACAGGAGGGAUGUGCAAUGUUUCCAAAGGGAGAACACGCCAAUGGGGGGAGGAAACAAAAAAACGGGUGGACAGGACAAAACAAAAGUGGGCAAACAAAAAGGAGAAGUAAUAACAAUGAGGAAGAGAAGAAGCUUCCCAGCGGAGAGCACACACCAGAUGAAGGGAAAAAGGAAAAGUAUGUCACCUACUGUGAGGGUGGAUAUUUACGGGGAUUACUGAAGAACGCUUUGGUGAAGCCCAGUUUGAAGGCCUUCCUGGGGACGAGGGUCAUUUCUUUUCUUAACGAAAAGGAAAGGCAUAACUGUUCUAUGACCUGCAAGCUCCUCUUUUUCGAAACCUACUCCCUGGGGAAUUUAAAAAAUAUUUACAAGAGAAAAUUCAUUCGAAGUGAAAAGAGAAGCAUGAUCUGGAAGAUGAUCCUGCUGGGGGAAAACACGUACUUGAGUGAGGACCUGUUUGGUGAGCUGACCCGAAGGAGGAGCACCUACGAGCCGAUCAUCGAGAAGGACGUGCCGAGGACCUUUCCACAUAGGUUCUUUUCUACAGACAGGACUACAGAUGCAACAGCCUCUGGACACAUUGCAACAGAUGCAACAACCUCCGAUCACGUUUUGACAGAUGGUCCGCCCCCCCAGGAAGAACUCUUCGAUGUGCUAAAGAUAUGCUCCCUGUAUUUCCAAAACGUGGGCUACUGUCAAGGAAUGAAUUACGUAGCCGCAAUUCUCUUCCUCGUCCUUAAAGACAAGUUAUACACCGCUAGAUGCUUCAUCGCUUUGUUAAAAAUUUUCAACCUAAAAGGAUUGUAUAUUUUUAAGUUUCCCCAGCUGAAGAAAAUUAUGUACCAGCUGAAGGUUCUCAUAAAGGGCUACUUGCCCAAGUUAUCCUCCUACUUUCGAAGGAAAAAAAUAAAAAUAAAUUUUUUUUGUAUAAAUUGGUUCAUGACUCUGUUUUCCCAAGACUUAACCUUCGAACAGACAGUAAAAUUAUGGGACAGUUUUUUUCUUUUCGGAUUGAAAAUUUUAAUAAAACUGAGCUUAAUUUUUUUGUCCCACUUUGAGAAAAAAAUUCUGUCCCUGUCGUAUGAAGAGGCUUUAACCUUCCUGAAAUCGAUGACCAGGUUUCCCUUCACGGAGUACCUCUUCGAAGAGAAGAAUUUCUUCCCCUACUUACGAAGGUUUAAAGUGACCAACCGGACUUUGAGGCAAAUUAUUUUUCUCCGGAAAAAUGGUAUUAACUUUGAGGUUCAUGUGAGGAAGGUUAACCACCGUGGGCUUCAAACGGAUAGGUGCUCCGUUGUGAUUUGCGAAAAUGCCAACAGGGGAGACAAAAUGGCACACGUAACGGGAGGGACAUCCACCAUGCAUAAUGGGGAUAACCUCAUGCACAGGUUCAUGGGAAUUUUCCGCGGGGUGGUGGACAACAGAACUGCUGACCCCUUCAGCAAAGCAAUAAAUCAGAGGAGAAGACGCCCUCCCUUGCGGGCCGCCAACCAAGCCAACUGUACCAACUUCUUCCUCGACCCCACCUGCUCCAAUGAAGUCACCCCGGAGAAUCAGUGCCUCUCGUUGAACUUUAAUAGUGGCCUCUUCUGUGGCGUCAAGGAGCAGAGUAGGUACCUUCGGGGGGACAGCACCAUAGGCGAGGGAAGCACCCGGGAAGAAGAGGCCACCGCAGAGGAUGAAUACAGUGCACGCCCCGGCGGCAACGCCUGCGUCGAAAUGAACACCUACUACGACUUGAACCUUACGAAGUCCUUCCGGCAGAGAUAG